AUGCAUUCGCUUCCGCCUAAUAUCGCAGCUCAGAACAAAGGCCCUGCUAUGAUUGCAGUUAUGUACUCAUUCACUGCCCUUUCAUCCAUCACUGUCGUAGGCAGGGUCUUUUCGAGGUAUAAGAAGCUCGGUCACUUAGCCAUCGAUGACUAUGUUAUAAUUCUGUCUCUUGGGUUCGUAUUUGCCUACGUAGGCUGCUGGACUGCUGCUAUCUUAGCCGGCAGCGGCCGCCACGAGGCGACGCUGACAGUCGCCGAACUCGAUCGUUCUAUAUUCUUCUUCAUGGUCGGCCUGGUCCCAGGCGUGUUGUCGCUCGCGCUACCCAAGUUCGCCGUCGUCAAUCUACUGAUCAAGGUCCUCUUCCCAUCACCUCUUCAUAAGCGGUUGCUUUGGAGCCUCCCAAUCGCAAACAUUGUCCUCAUGCUCGGCGCCUUCGGCGUCCACUACUCAGAGUGCGACCCGCCAUCGGCUCGAUGGACUUUAUAUGCCCCUGCCAAGUGCCGUAGCUCGACUGGUACAAUCGUCUAUUCGGUUGUUGUGGGAUCAUUUUCGGCUGUGGUCGACUUCUACCUCGCUAUAUACCCAGCCAUAGUGUUAUGGUCCCUACACAUGCAUCUGAAAAAGAAGCUGGCCCUCAGCGUAGCCCUUGGCUUCGGUGCUUGUGCUGGCUGUGCUGCCGUACGCAAGGUCAUGGAAGUUCCAAGCAUGGGAGAUGGUACAGAUUAUACUUUCGAGAUAGAGAAGCGGAGAACAAGCGAUGAGGUGGAAGAACGCAUGGGGUCUGUCCUGCUCCUUGAGGAACCGAGCCACGACGAGGAACGCGGCCAGAACCAGACGGCGGACAAUAUUCGUCAACGCAAGCCACAGCUUACAUAG